AUGCAUUUCACGAACGUCUUCGUUCAGGCCCUGCUUGCCGGCUCUGCCAUUGCCGCUCCUGCUUCCCUCCUCAGCAAGCGCCAACUUCAGACCAUUCAGGGUGCCUUGACAAGUGUCCAGGAUUCACUUGGCCAGCUCGAUACAGCUGUCAAGGCUCUCAACGCCGCUGAUCCUAAUACCGCUGCCAGCCUGCUUGACGCUUCCAACAAGGUCCAGACCUCGAUCAAGCAAGGUACCACGCAAAUUCAGGGUGCCCAGGAGCUGUCCCUCACAGAUGCCCUCACCCUGCAGCAGUCCGCUGGUACCCUGACCACCGCUGUCCAGACCUCUGUUGACGACUUGGUCUCCAAGAAGCCUGAGCUUGACAAGCUUGGUGCCACUUCCGUCGCCGUCGACCAGCUCAAGCAGCAGAAGGCGACCGUCGGCGACUUCAGCACCGCCCUCGUUUCGAAGGUUCCCGCCAUUGGUCAGGGUAUCGCUCAACAGUCCGUUGACCAAGUUACCCAGUCCCUGGAUGGUGGUAUCCAGAAGCUUGGUGGAGAUGCCGCUGGCGGUGCUGCUCCUGCUGCGCCUGCUGCUCCCGCUGCUCCCGCUGCCCCGGCUGCACCCCCGGCCGCUCCCGCCGCUCCCGCCGCUCCCGCCGCCCCUGCUGGCGCUCAGGAGCAGUUCCACGCUGAGGUCAUUGCUUAA